CCCUGUCACCUGGAUAUUGAACGCCUCGACGUCGACACUGCACUGGACACGGUAAACUCUUGGUAUUUGAUGCGACCGUGUUAUAUCAGAACUAUGUGCCCGGCCUACCACCUGACCUGACUACGACAUCAUCGCACUGCCAAUGCAUCAUGUACCCGAGUUUGGACCGCCGGUUGCUGUUGGUUGGCCAAAUGAUCCACGGCUUCAUUAACUGGGCAGGGCGGUGGAUGACUUGGGAGGAUGUUUAAAAACACGGGAGUGCGCUCUCGUGUUCCCUCACUGGCAGGUUUCAGUCAAGCUUUCAGUCCUCUCUUCUCUUCUUCUCUUUUAUUUCAUUAUUUGUGCGCUGGUUGCACUUCCUCUCCACAUCCUCGACUCGCACUAUCAUUCACUUGCACUAUCACUCGAUUCACUUCAAACAUGCGCGCUUUCACGGCUGUUGUCGUCGCUACCUUGUUCGCGUCUCAGGCUUUGGCGGCCCCUGGAAUUCCCCCUCGCGACGUCGAUGCCCGCAAUGAGGAGCUGUCUAGCCGCGACGAGCAUGGCGGAGAUCUCGUCCGCCGUCAACCUUUUCUUCCUCAUAAUGUUUUUCAUGAUCUUCCGUUUCCUAUUGCAAUAUCACGUCGCGAUGGUUUUCCUAGCGGUUCUCAGUUUUCACUGGACACUUUCAACCAUCAUCCACAUGCACAGCCAUUUGGGGGCGUUUCUCCUCUACCGGUCCGCAAUGCGGAGCUAUUUUUAGGCUAUGGCCCAGCUAUGUCACCACGACCCUUGGGACGUCGGUUCGGACCACUGGGCCCAGGAAUCGCAAUUCGACCGGACCUCUUCGGCCCACGACCGUUGCUAGGACGUCAGUUCCGACCAAUGGGCCCAGGAAUCGCAAUCCCCCAUUUCCCUCCACUGGGGCCUUAUCGGGCGAUCGGCAGGAGAGAAAUGAGCGAGGGUGAGCUCAAGAGAGCACUUAGUGAUCAAGUGCUCGCGAAUGGUCCAGAACAAAGUGGUCUUUCCGGUAUAUUCCAUCAUAUCUUCUCACGCGACCUCGCUGAUGACCUGUAAGAGUUCCUUCCGCAAACCCUGCUAGAUGUGUCCCGA